AUGGUUUUCCGUGCUCAUAGGGGGCUCAUCCUUCUAAUCUGCAUUGGGUUCUUAGCUAUUCAACCAGACAAAAUUUCUGGCUUGAGAAGCAUAGACCUUGCCCUCAAACAAGGCCAUGAAGAUUGUGGGAUAAUGGCAAGGAACCCACGCGGUCUUGAGUCUCUGGCCAUGGAGGAAAGAAACACAGAGAAGAUGUCAGCACAUGCAAACAAGAAGUUCGAUGCAAAUGAAUCGAGCAAAAGGAGAGUGCAAAGAGGAUCAGAUCCUAUCCACAAUAGGUCUUGA